AUGGAAGAGGAAAAUGGAGAUGAAUUCAUAAUUCCAAGGACUGAAAAGGAAAAUGUAGAUGAAUUCUUCAUAAUUCCAAAGAUUGAAAAUCCUCCAAUUUGUAAAUGUUUUCUAAGUGACAACAGUGAUUUGACUCAAUCUGUGAGUGAAGAAAUACAAAUACCUGAGCGGAAAGAGCAAGUGUUGAGUACUGUUAGCCGAACCGAGAACUAUUUAAGAGAACGUCGAAUUCCAGAACUAAUUCGCUUCUUGUUUACACAAGUUAUAUCUCAUGCUCCUCAUAAGCCAUUAGCUUUUUUAGAAAAACUACUAGAUGAUUGUAUGCUUUUUCGAGCUGGUUUAGGCGUGGCCCCGGUUUUAUACGAAACGAGGCACCUUGAGGCUGUUAUUAGGAGUUUUGAUCCUGGACAAAGGGGCUGGUUAAGUGCUGGAAAAGUUCGCCGUCUUUAUACUACAUUAGGUUUCACGUCUGAAGAGAAUCAUGAUGAUAGGAUAUAUUGUGAUGAAUUACUAAAUAAUCUCAUACGUGUACAAGAACAGGAUUUAUUUCAACUUUUAGCAGCUGGAAUUUCAAAACCUGAAUGA